AUUUGUGGACGGCCCACGACGCUUGCCCGCUCGGCACCGCACACGGCCGGGAGAGCUGCCGGAAGAAGCGAGCGCGCGUUCGGAUGCAGAACCCGUAGCGGCGGCGGCGGCGCUGCCACGCCAUGACCUUCUCGGAGACGGGGACGGGUAGAUGACGGACUCGUACGCUCGUCCCCCAGCGCGACUAUUUAAGUCACCCCGCGGGAGGCGCUGCAGCAGCAGCAACAAUCAAUCAAAGCCGAUCGAUUUGAUCCGUCCACGAAUUCCAUCGAGAGCAAUGCAAGCCAUGGCAGCUUCUGGCCCUUCACCACGCACGCCGGCGGUGUCGCUGCCAUUGCACGACGUCGGACCCGGGUACUCCGAGCCCCAGGCGCAGUACAGCAUCUCAAGUCAAUCGCUGGUGAACGCGACCAUCGACCUGCUCCAAGACCACCGCUGCUUCGAGACGCCGCAAGGGUGGGUGCUCGCGCUGGACCCGGCCUCCCUGCGCACCUUCCUAUGGCGGCCGGAGGACAGCGGCGAGCGGAUCGCCCUGCCGCCCAUGGAGCAGGACUUCCCCACCAACUGCAAGUGCGUGCUCUCCGACAGGCCCGGCGCCAGCUUCUGCGCCGUGAUGGUCCUCGACCUGGACGAGUGCGAGUUCUGGCUCUGCACCGUCGGAGGCAGCAAGUGGGGACGCCAUGGCUACACGCUCACCAUGUACAACGCCCAGGACGAACCGGUGGAGAGGCAUAUGGCCACGCGCCAUGGCAUCGCCGCCGUUGGAGGCAAAAUCUACUACGAGUUCACCGGAUACCAACUGGGAUUCGUCGACUUCGACCCAGCCGAUGACGAUCCUGAGCCGAUCCAUGGGAUGAUCGAUGUCGACCAUGUCGACAUUCCGGAUGGCGCGCCGAUGUGGUCGAGCUACCUCGUCGAGUCCUGUGGCGAGCUCUUUCAGGUCGUCAUCAUCUUUGACGGGCACAAUGUUCACAAGGUGGCCGAGGUUGCUGUGUACAAGAUGGAUUUCUCGACACCAGCUUGGUGCAAGGUCGACAGGAUUGGUGAUGACAGGGUGUUUCUUCUCGGUGGAGACAGGCUCGGGGAAUCCAACUUCGGAGCGUCGUGCCCUGCUGGGGAACACGGUCUCUCGGGCAACUGCAUAUAUUUUCUCAAUCACUUUGCAACGAACGAGAACUUUGUGCAUAUCGUUGACUUGGACAAAGGGACCAAUGAAGUGCAACGGCCCUUCAAAGAUUUCGUGGACUCGCUGCGCCCGCCUUUCUGGAUGUUGCCUACAGCUGAAUGAGAUUAGCACUAGGAAUUCAACAACUUCCCAGACCUACUUAUAAUGUAGUGAUAGCU